UUCUUCUUUGUGCUAAUGGGUUUUAUGGUGGAUACGCAAAAGGAAGGAGAUGGUGGCCAUUCAUGGAGUUGCUUAAGAACUCUGGUGAGAAGGAAACAAGUCGAAUCUUCAAAUGGCAAAGCCGAGACUCCUCAUCACCAUCAACUCGCCAAAGCCUUGACAUUUCCUCACUUGAUUGCAGUUGGUGUUGGGUCAACAAUUGGAGCAGGGGUUUACAUUCUUGUCGGAACAGUUGCAAGAGAGCAUUCAGGACCUGCUCUCGCCUUUUCUUUCCUUAUCGCUGGAAUUUCCGCUGCACUUUCUGCGUUUUGCUAUGCUGAACUCUCUAGUCGUUUUCCAUCAGCUGGAAGUGCCUAUCACUAUUCUUACAUUUGCAUUGGUGAAGGUGUUGCGUGGUUGAUUGGCUGGGCACUGAUUCUUGAAUACACGAUUGGUGGUUCAACGGUUGCCCGUGGCAUAUCACCAAAUCUGGCAUUAAUUUUCGGUGGUGAAGAUUGUCUGCCAACAAUAUUAGCUCGUCAUCAAAUACCAGGACUGGAUAUUGUUGUUGACCCAUGUGCUGCUGUACUAGUCUUCAUUGUAACAGGACUCUUGUGCAUUGGAGUAAAAGAGAGCACAUUUGCUCAGGGAAUCAUAACAACAGUAAAUGUCUUUGUCAUGCUAUUUGUCGUAGUAGCUGGUAGUUAUCUGUGUUUGAAGACAGGAUGGGCUGGUUAUGAACUUCCAACAGGGUAUUUUCCUUUCGGGGUUGAUGGAAUGCUUGCUGGAUCUGCUACAGUCUUCUUUGCCUACAUCGGGUUUGAUUCAGUUGCAAGUAUGGCAGAAGAGGUGAAAAACCCCCAGAGGGAUUUACCGCUAGGAAUUGGUCUUUCACUCCUGCUUUGUUGUUCGCUAUACAUGAUGGUGUCUAUUGUCAUUGUUGGUUUAGUGCCUUACUAUGCUAUGGACCCUGAUACACCAAUAUCCUCCGCAUUUGCUAGUCAUGGAAUUCAAAGGGCUGCAUAUUUGAUAGCUUUAGGUGCUGUCAUGGCUCUCUGUUCUACUCUAAUGGGCUCCAUUCUCCCUCAGCCGCGGAUUCUGAUGGCAAUGGCUAGGGAUGGCUUGUUACCUUCAUUUUUCUCAGACGUGAAUCAACGCACGCAGGUUCCUGUUAAAGGGACCAUAACAACUGGUUUUUGUGCAGCAAUCUUAGCUUUCUUUAUGGAUGUUUCACAACUGGCAGGAAUGGUGAGUGUUGGGACACUUGUUGCAUUUACAAUGGUUGCAGUAUCGGUAUUGAUACUCAGAUAUGUUCCUCCAGAUGAGGUACCUCUUCCUGCAUCUCUUCGAGAGAGAGUUUGUUCUGUUUCCUUUAUACCUGGUGAAGAAAACUCAUCAAGUCACGUCGGCACUUCGACUAGUAGCAAACAACCUUUACUUUGCACAACUGAUGCUUCAAUUGUGGAGAAGCAAGAAGCUCAAGGGGGUUGGGUUCUCAAUAACGAAAACAGGAGGAAAUUUGCUGGUUGGAGCAUUAUGAUCACUUGUAUUGGGAACUUCCUUUUAAGCUAUGCAGCGUCAAGCUUGCGCUUUCCAGGACUCCUCCGAUACUCUCUAUGUGGUUUUGGUGGAUUGCUCCUUCUUGUCGGUUUGACUGUGCUGAGUUGCUUAGAUCAAGAUGAUGCCAGACACAGUUUUGGGCAUUCUGGAGGUUUCAUUUGCCCGCUUGUUCCACUUUUGCCUAUUGUCUGCAUUCUUAUCAACAUGUAUCUCUUGGUAAACCUUGGAGCUGCGACAUGGGCUCGGGUAUCGGUGUGGCUGGUCAUUGGAGUGCUUGUUUACCUGUUCUACGGGCAAAGACACAGCUCUCUAGUGGAUGCAGUUUACGUCCCCACUGCUCAUGCCCACGGGAUUCAUCGCACUUCUGGACAUUCUUUGGCUUAAAUCAUCACAAGAUUCAUUCUGUAUGUAACAAAAUCUGUAAAAUAAUUAUUCGAGAUUGGUGUGUUUAGUCAUGUUGUAAAUAAAAGUUCAAUGUUAUUGUUCUUCUUAGAGAUACUGUGUAUAAAAUUAUACGAAAAGGGUGUCUACGAGACAAUUAUAAUUGGUUAAUAGACGAUU